UGGGUCCGUCUCGUGUUCUGACCAUGACAGAACGAACUGGCCAUCAUCCGGACCCAGCUGACCCGGAAGGACUCCGCCUGGCAGUCAAACAACAGGGCGUCAUGUUGGAGCAUCAAGCCAAAGCGCUUACACAGAUGGCCUCCGUGCACCAAGACUUAUUUUGCCGGCUGGAAAGUGCGACACAAACCUUGCUAGAACUAACCGGGCAACAAUCCGUCUCUGCUGUUCCAGCGUCACUUCCACCUUCCAGCGAUCCGCCUGUCUCUAGUUCCGCCUCACUUCCGGAAAACUUCCGUCUCCAGCCAGAGCAGUUCCAUGGCGACGUCGAAGCAUGCGGGGGUUUCCUACUGCAGUGUCAACUCCUGUUUCUACAAGCGCCUCGUUUCUACCACUCGGAUCACAGCAAGAUAACUUUAUUAGUCAACUCACUCAGAGGUAAAGCGCUACAGUGGGCCCAAGCUUUCCUCGCCGCCAAUCCCGUCACUCAUCUGUCCUUCGAAAGCUUCAUUGGUUUUGUCAUGCCACGAUUGUCACCUGGAACCUACACCACCUUGAGCUGCAGCUACCUCCCAGACGCCGACACUCUUCGGCCACAGCACGCACUGGUUCCGGCUACACUGGUCCUCCAGCCUUGCCACUCACAAGAACUCCAGCAACACCCCUCCUCAAGACCUUCAGUCACACCACUCUCAAGAUCUCCAAUAGCGCUGCAGCUGCACCUCUGUCAGCAAGAGCUACAGCUCGCUCGGGCUUCUCCACCACGCUCAAAGCCACGCCUUCUAGUCUCGACCUAGCCACGCUCCUCCAAGCCUUCGCCAUAUUCAGUGACAUUAAAUUACAUUUAUCCACUUA